UUUUUUUUUUUUUUUUUUCGAGGAAGCAGAUGACUUAUUUCAGUGAAAUAGGCAAAUCCACGUUUGGCAUUGCCGGCCAGUCUGUAGCUACAAAUGUCAUGAAUAUGGUGUAAAAGGAAGAAGAGAGUUUUCCAGUCGGUAUUGUAAGGCGAUUUAUUUCUCCAUCAUUAAUAACCACCGGGUGGAAAUUCUCCGUUUUAUCAAACACAAGUAUGUCAGGAAAACACUUCAACGUGCACGAAGUGGGUUGUUGCAUCAAAUACUUCAUAUUUGGAUUUAACAUUAUAUUUUGGCUGCUCGGGGUGGCGUUCCUGUCUGUGGCUCUUUGGGCCUGGAGUGAGAAGGGGGUUCUUUCCAACAUCUCCUCCAUCACAGAUCUGGGCGGGUUUGAUCCGGUGUGGCUGUUUCUCGUGGUGGGUGGGGUGAUGUUCGUGCUCGGCUUCGCAGGAUGCAUCGGAGCUUUGAGGGAAAACUCCUUCCUUCUUAAGUUUUUUUCCGUUUUUCUGGGAAUCAUAUUUUUCCUGGAGUUGACAGCGGGAGUCUUGGCCUUUGUCUUUAAAGACUGGAUUAAAGACCAGCUCAAGUUCUUCAUCAACAACAAUAUUAGAGCCUACAGAGACGACAUUGACCUACAGAAUCUCAUCGACUUUACACAAGAUUAUUGGGAGUGUUGUGGAGCUUUUGGGCCUGAAGACUGGAAUCUGAAUAUUUACUUUAAUUGUACUGACACUAAUCUGAGCAGAGAGAAAUGUGGGGUUCCCUUUUCCUGCUGCACCAAGGACCCUGCUGAGGAUGUGAUAAACACACAGUGUGGAUAUGACAUUCGAGCGAAAGGUGAAAAUGAACAGAAGACCUUUAUACACACGAAAGGAUGUGUACCGCAGUUUGAGAAAUGGUUACAGGAGAAUCUAACCGUAGUUGCGGGAAUCUUUAUAGGAAUUGCACUUCUGCAGAUAUUUGGGAUCUGUCUGGCACAGAAUCUUCUGAGUGACAUUGAGGCGGUCAGAGAGAGCUGUUUGUUCACCUGAAGCACUCGAGCCAUUCUGCUGACAGAGCUUCCAUCUCUCUAUCACUCGGCAACAGGGUUGGCACAUUGUCAUCACAGUAUCCUAGCAACCAGCGAGGGAUUCCAUUCGCAUACCUCCUUUAUUAC